CCUUCCUGCGAUGCUCCAGGGACCAUGUCUGAUCCUCGUGUAAGGCAGAUCAAGAUCAAGACCGGCGUGGUGAAGCAAUUGGUCAAAGAAAAAGUAAUGUAUGAAAAAGAAGCAAAACAACAAGAAGAAAAGAUCGAAAAAAUGAAAGCUGAAGAUGGUGAAAAUUAUGCCAUUAAAAAGCAGGCAGAGAUCCUACAAGAGUCCCGGAUGAUGAUCCCAGAUUGCCAGCGCAGGUUGGAAGCUGCGUAUACUGAUCUUCAGCAGAUAUUAGAAAGUGAAAAAGACUUGGAAGAAGCUGAGGAAUAUAAAGAAGCACGUUUAGUACUGGAUUCAGUGAAAUUGGAAGCCUAAAACUUUCCUGUACAGGAUGUUUUUUGCAUUAAAUCCUGGGGUCUAUUGUAUAAUUCAUUAUUUUUGACCACUGCUGUGUGUUCAAGUAGUAUGGGAAUGUGAUUUUUUUUAUGCAGUUGCAUAUAUUUUUCCUUGCCUAAUUUAAUGUGUUGAGUAAAUGAGUUCGUCUACUAAAAA